GCAACGGUAGAUCUCUACCUUAUCUCUACCUACCUAUCGGUUGACUGACAAUUUUUUACUGCAUUUUACAAAGUACAUCACAAAAGUUUUGUGUGCGUGAUGAAUAGUGUGUGAAAACGAGAGAUUUAAUAAUAUAAAAACAGUAUGAGUCUCCAUAAAGCUAGGAUAAAAGCCUUUGAAGAAGUACUUGAUCAAGAUGUUAUUGAUAUGCAGCAGCUCCAGAAGCUAGCCUUCAAUGGAAUACCUGAUGAUAAAGGACUGAGAUCAUUAGUUUGGAAAAUCCUACUGCAUUAUUUACCCCAAGAAAAGAACGCUAGAGAAACAACGCUAAUUAAGAAACGUCAGCUUUAUAAACAGUUUAUAGAAGAAAUAAUUGUAUCGCCCGGAGGGCCAACUGACCAUCCGUUAAACAUGAGCCCCGACAGCUCUUGGAGUACUUACUUCAAAGAUAACGAGGUACUGUUGCAAAUCGACAAGGACGUGCGAAGACUCUGCCCCGAUAUAUCAUUCUUUCAAUCUGCUACUGAAUUUCCUUGUCCUGAGGUCGUAAACAGCAAUGGCAUAAAACGAUUGCACAAACGUGUCGAGCAAUCCGUCCUCAAAUACGCCACAUUGGAGAGAAGGGGUCUCGGUGUUGCCAAGCUUAGCAACGAAAUCAAACGCGCCGAGAACAUCACAAGCGGCGAUUACGCCCCACUGAACGAAGGCUGCGAGGCUCACUGGGAGGUGGUGGAACGUAUGCUGUUUCUGUAUGCGAAGCUGAACCCGGGACAGGGCUACGUUCAAGGAAUGAACGAAAUAAUAGGACCCAUCUAUCAUACCUUCGCUAUUGACGCCGAUAAGGAGUUUCGACAGCACGCCGAAGCCGACUGCUUCUUCUGCUUCACGAACCUAAUGGCCGAGAUACGUGACUUCUUCAUACGUACCCUCGACGAGGCGGAAAGCGGAAUCAACUACAUGAUGUGCAAACUCAACGAAUUUCUGAAGCGCCACGACCCGGACGUUUGGACUUUAUUGGAGAAGCAGGAACUGCGCCCUCAGUACUACAGCUUCAGAUGGCUGACGCUCUUACUGUCCCAAGAGUUCUCUCUACCCGACGUCGAAAGAAUUUGGGACACCCUAUUCGCUGAUUCUCAACGUUUCGAUUUCCUCAUAAACAUAUGCUGCGCGAUGAUUUUGUUGGUUCGGGAUAAUUUACUAGGCGGCGAUUUCGCGUCGAAUGUAAAAUUGCUACAAAACUUUCCGCCUAUGGACGUGUCGUUGAUACUAAAUAAAGCAGCUACACUCGGCAACACGUAAACAACACAACGAAUUUUGGAUGAAUUUAUGAAUAAUUUAAUUUUAAAUUUAGUUAAAACUAGAAUUUGCGGAUUUAAUAUACCAUAAUAUGAUAAUCGAAGAUAAAAAAUUUUUAGAGAUUCUACUUCUUCUGUUCUGUUUCACCUGCUCAUACAACUGACUGACUAUUUACAAUAAACGAAUCUUUAAAAAUUAUUUUAAAAAAAAUAUAGCCUGAUCCUCAUUUAUCCUAAAAUAAACUACUAUAAAAAGAAUUCUGUAGGAGUGUUAUAUUGUUUUUUUCCAUUACGGCUAUAAUAAACCUAAAUAGCUAUAAACUAGUACUGUAAUAUUAACGCAGAGAAUUAUUUUUUUACUACAAUAAACAUUAAUUCUUAACAUUGUGAUUUUAUAACCUACAAUGUGACUAGCAGAUACAAAUUAGCAGUUUUUUAGUACAAAUGCCACUGUGGCGGAUGCAAUUUUAAAUAGUCUGAAUCCGUUAAUCUGGAAUCCGUGACCAUUUUGAGUUUAUUUUUAAUCCCACCCUGUGCGUCGGCCUAAACACACCAUCAAUAUUACAUCGACUGAAUUCAACAGUGACACGCGUCAAUUUGACAGAUGUCAAUUGUAACGCCAUUUUUGGGCCUUAAAGUGAAGACACUAAGUGGCCUACAGAUAAGAGGUUAUCGAAUGACGAUUUCUUUAUAGAAUCAAGACCUCCCAGAUCAACUAAUUCAAUUCAUAUCUAUCUCAUUUCCUUUGACGGUCAUAUAACUUCAUAUAACUUCCUAUAACUUCCCGCCUUUUAAACGACAAAAAAAAACGAUUAUACAGUUAAUAAGAGCAUGUACAAGAUCGUCAGAACGUUCUAUGAUAGGUAGGGCUUAAAGUAAAUCAAUUAAAAAAUGCACUUAAUCUGAAAGUAUAACGAGCGAGUUUUUGAAGUGGAACUUCUAAUGCGACUUCAAUAAGGUUGCGUUAAACGUUUAACGCUACCAUACUAGAAAGAGACAGAGCGAGAGUGAAUGCGUGGCACUCGAACGCAAGCGCGUGGUAUACCUGUUACAGGCUAGCGCGACCGUUAGCAACGAGUGGCGUCCAAUACUUUCAUGAAGUAUUUAAAUAUACUAGAGGUCCCGCAGUAGUCGAAAUUCGACUAUAAUUAAUUGGAAUUGUAAGUUUGUACACUAUUAUGAUUGUAUUUUAUACUUCUAUAAUCACAAAUUUCGCCAAGACUACACUAUAAAAAAUAUUAACAAAGACAAACAAUAUUUAAUCUCAAUUUGACAACAGACGUCAAGAACAAAAGUUUGACAAUAAAUAGUAUGCAUGCGUGUGUGCGUCAAAUACAUGGUAUUUAGUGUGUGUAAUUUUUUCUUUAUUGAUUUAAUGUAUCUUUUAUGCAUUAUUUUAAAAAAAUAUUAGCAUUAUGCACUUCUUCUCUAUAUUCUCUAUAAGUGUGGAAAAUUUCAUACUCCUCCGUCAGCGCAAUAUUCGUAAAAAGGGAUACAAAUUUUUUGCUUCACGUAUUAAUAUAUAGAUAUGUUUCUUUUUGUAUCUAUAAUUUAAAAUAUAUAUAAACCUUUGAUAAUAGACGACUCAUAUAUAAUCUAAAUGUUGAAGAAGUCGCAUCUCUUAUACACAGCAUUUCCUAUUACAAGAGCAAUCUGAUUUAAAGAUGAAAAAUGAAGAAAACCACAAUACUAUACACACCGAAAAAGAAGUUUCACUUCAUUUACUUGGCCCAGGUUGUACGCGCUCCGUUUUACUUUUUUGUUUUUCACCUUUUUUACUUGAUAUCUGAAUUCAGUCAAUGAUUUUUAGCGCACUACCAUUAGUGCCAUUCGCAAACUCGAAACGGUCACGUUAUGUUGUCAACAUGAAUAAUGUUUUAUGUAUAUAUAUAUGUCUUUUUGAAACAUAUACAAUAAUCUACGACUGUGUACUUUUAAUAGUGUCUAUCGUACUUUGAUGUAGAAAAUGAAUUUUGAUAUCUCUUUAAUAGUGACAUAAGGCAUAAUUAUUUACUUACUGUAGUAAAAUGUUCGUUUUUUAGUACACCGCCCAUAUUAAAGCGAACAUGUAGAGUAAACAAUUCAAUCUACUUGGAUCAUUAUUCAUUACUUAUUACAUAUUUUUCAGACUUCUAUGACAGCUGUCUCUAUUAUUAUUUUCCUUUACAUGUAAGUGAUUAAAAAAAUCGUUCGAUUGAUUGAAUUUCAAUAAAAUGUUCUAACAAUGCUUAGUAAUUUGCGUCUGUUUGUGACUGAGAACUUGAAUUUAAAUAAUUUAUAUUACAUAUAUUUAUAACAUGCAUAACGGAUCCUGUUUUAGAUACCUCGAAUUACAUAAACAUUAUUUUGAUGAUAUAUUUUUAUUAAGUCUAAGAAUGUUUUUUUUUUUAUAAAUCUAAUAAGUAAUCAUCGGCACAGCAAGACUGUUGGAUAUAAUUCAUAAUGUGGAGGAGAAUUUCAUUAAGAACAUUAAUUAUAAUACAUUAAACAUUCAAACUUACUUAUGAACCUGUUAAUCUACGAAACUUGAUAUUUAUUUUGAUGUGUUUAAAAAAAAUAUUCCGGAACUUUCUAUAAUAUUGGACUCGCUGUUUUGGCCAUGACGAAUAUGAAAAUAUUUAAAAAAAAUUAUGUGACGAGAAAAUUUUGUCUCUAUUUUUAGUUAGUAGUCGUAAAAUUUAAGACUAAUAAGAUACUUACUCACUCAUAUACUUCUUAAAUUCAUUAAAAUAUUUUUAAUUAGCGAUUUAAAAGGUUUAAUUAUUUUGGAUGAAAAAAGCAUUUUCUAUAUUAUGUUUUUUUUUUAAUAGACGUUGCCUCUCUAACGUUACGGUCCCAAUAAUUUAAUGGAUUUUAGACUGAGAAAAGUAUACGUAGCUAAAGUUAAUGAAAUAUAAACCUCAUCAUAUUUUAUUACGGUCUUGAAUAAAGUGAACUUCGAAUUCUGUAAAAGUGCGUUAUUAAUUUUAGUUAUACAAAUAUCAUUCCUUUUACAAAAUAUACGUCGAACUUUUCAAGAAAACCUUUUUGUUUUUUUUUCACAGACUAACUAGCUCCUCUAAGUUAAUCCUACAUACGUAUAUUUUGAACGAUUCACCUGACUAGGUAAUAUUAUACGUACUUUAAAAUGAAUUCUAAGUGAUUUUUCGAUAAUAUUGUAAUAUUCUAAAAUAAUAUGAGUAGCAGUACUUUUAUUAUUAUUAUUAUACUUGUAAGGAAACGGAAUUCAAAAUUGUCAUUACUGUUACCGAAUGUUUUUUUUUUUUUGUUUUUUAACUAUUUAUUCUCUUUUUCUAUAUUAAUACAUAUAAGCUUUGUGGAAUUAUUUUUGUCUUAGUUAAUAAACAAUUUACACGAUUUGAA